AUGAACCCAAUUGUCCACACGCACUUUGAACCCAAAACAUGCUCUUGGCAGUAUAUCGUCGUAUGCCCCAAGACAAAAGACUGCGCAAUCAUCGACCCCGUCCUCGACUAUGACCUAGCAAACUUCACAGUCAGUACACAAUCCGCCGAUGCUCUUCUCAAGAUAGUCCGCAAAGAACACCUUCAGGUCACGCACCUCCUCGAAACGCACGCACAUACCGAUCACCUCACAGCAGCAUACUAUCUUCAGGCAACGCUAUGGGCGAAAGGCCAUCCGCAUGCCUCAAUUUGCAUCGGGGAAAACGUUACCAUCGUGCAAAGCUUUUGUGCACACAGAUACAACAUACCGAAAGAAGAAUUCAAGAACUCAUUCGACCACCUCUUCAAGCCUGAUGAGACAUUCAGCAUUGGCGAGAUGACUGCGGUGGCCAUGGAUCUGCCAGGUCACUCACCAGACCACGGAGCUUACCAUAUCGGAUCUAAUGUGUUCACCGGAGAUAGUCUCUUCCUGCCAGAUGUCGGGAGUGCUCGGUGCGACUUUCCAGGUGGAGAUGCGAAGACUUUAUGGAAGUCUAUGCAGCGACUUUUGGAAUUCCCUGAUACGACACGAUUGUAUACUGGACAUGAUUAUCCGCCCAACAAUGAGGCAUCUGCGAGAGAUCCCAUCUCGUUUGUUACGGUAAAAGAACAGAGGGAGACGAAUAAGCAUUUGAAGGGUGGGUCUACUGAGGAAGACUUUGUGGCGUGGAAGGGUGGGAAGGAUCAUGUUCUUUCCGAGCCGAUAAUGCUCCAUCAAGCUUUACAGGUUAAUGUUCGUGGGGGGAAGAUGCCUGGACGUUCUCAUGAUGGAAAAGCUUUGUUACUGUGUCUUGUCUCUGUUCCAAAAGUGUUGCUGACAGGCUGA